GAAAAAAAAAACCAAAGAGGCACCAGGCGUGAGGGAAACUCGUUUCUUCCUAGGGUUUUGAGAAAACGAAAAAGUCGGAGAGGAAAUCGAAGGGAGAAUGGAAAAGCGAAAGAGCGGAGGAGGUGGAGGAAGGAAUAAUGGAGGAAUUGAGGAGAACACAAUGGCAAUUCUCGAUACUUCUGGUUUCAAUCGACACUCUCACCACCGCCUUGACGACAGGCUUGCUUUUCUGGAAGCUGUUCGCUCUGCUUCGUUACUUCCUGAUAAUGGAACUCCGCCUACUAGCACGAUGUGGCAGGCAAUUUUCCAAAUUUUGAAGGAAGAGACUUCCCUUGAACUAAUAAUGGGAAGUUAUCAACUUUUAAAUGAGCUGGAUAAGCGCUUUCCUAGGUUGUGCUUGCCCAAAAUGGAGAAGACAGAAUCAUGUCUGCCACCAACCAUUUCGAAUGAACCUGUUGUGGUUGAAGAGGCCUGGUGUCCAUUUACUCUUGGGUUGGAUAAGGAUGAUGAAAUAAAUAAAGGUUCGAGUGGAUCAAUUGACUCCUUGGGCUUUCAUUCACUAAUACAAGAGCUUGGGAAAAUGGUCAACCAGAAAUCAAAAGCAUUAGAAACAGAGAUUUUAAGGAAGAUGUUACUACUUCACUAUCUUGUCAGCGUGCUUGAAGCAGACUUUGUGCCUUGUAAUUAUGCAUUUAAAGAGAAGAUGAGAUGGACCCUUUUGCGAGAUUCAUUGCUCAACGUGCUUCUGGGGUCAAGAAAAAUAAUCUACAAAGGCUUAGUCAAGGACUGCCUGUCGGUUAUAUGUGAUGUGUUCUCUGAUUUAUCUGACCAAUCUGAGUCCACCUCUGAUCUGGAUUCAGUGGCACCUCCCUCAAAGGAGAUAUCAUAUAUUAACACUUCUGCUUUUGCACUAGCUUUACCUGAACUCAAACGAUCUACUUGCUUCUAUUUGAAGAAGCUCCUCAUAAUGAUGAUGGAGCUGGAUACAUCACGGGAUGUGGCAGAUGUUCAAGGCCUUACCACCAGAGCUGAUGGUGUGAGAACACCUGCUGCAGAGAUCAUUUUGGAUGAACUUGCUUACAAUUCUGACAUGCUCUCCCCCUUUUUUCAGGUCUUUGAUGACCCCAGGUGGAAGCUAAAAAUGAUCAUGCCGUAUUUUCAGAAGUACAUUCCUAAGUCUUCUGUUCGUACUAGGAGAUCAAAUAGUCCAGGGAAUGAUUCCACAUUUGAAGGUGUUCUGAAGUGCUUCUCAAACAGCAGCAGCACAAAGAAUAUCAUCAAAAAAAUUGGAGCUGAUGUUGCUCAGCUUCUUCUAGGACAUGCCUUUUUGGCUUACUUGUCAGUAUCAGUGGAAUCUUCUGCUGAAUAUGUUGAUGAUUCCGAAGAGAUAAUGAAAGGAAGCUCUCUCCCUGAAAUCUGCAAGCACAUAAUAGCCGCUUUUACUUCUAUCAGAAAAGAAGACAAGAACACAGAAAUUCUAUCUUUUGGUAAAGAAGCGGUGUUUACAGCAGCAACCAUUCUCUCAACUAAGUCAUAGGAGAAACGGCAGUUAAUAUUUGUUGCUGGUAAUGUAUAUUUUUUUCAAAUGGACGCCAGUAGUAACCUCCUAUCUCUUGAAGUCGGUCAGGUGAUGCUUCGCACACAACGGAUAAGGAUAAAAAAUUUUGGUCGAGGAAACCUUAGUGGUUAGGUACAUUUGUGCUUUCUUUCUACGAUGAUAGGUGAUCAAUUUUUACCUAUAAUCUUGUAACGACACUAGAUGACAGCAUAUUAGUUUUGAACUAUUGUAUUCUAUAUCUGCUGGUUGGUCUGA